GGUUCAUUCAAAAUUUGUUGUUCAAGCGGCGUGGUCGUGAUUUCCGAGUGCUAGAAAAUUUUGGAGAUUUUCUCAGGAUUUUAUCCUCGCUUAAAAGGUGUUGAAUUCUGUCGGCGACGUCUUUCGUUUUUUAACUGCUUCCUACAAUAAAUUUUUGAAACAAUGGCCACAAAGCGACUGAUUCCCCUGCUGGACCGUGUCCUGGUUCAGCGUGCCGAAGCACUGACGAAAACGAAGGGUGGCAUCGUCAUCCCGGAGAAGGCCCAGUCCAAGGUGCUGGAGGGCACCAUCAUAGCCGUUGGUCCGGGAGCACGAAACGCUACCACCGGUCAGCAUGUCCCGCUGGGAGUGAGCGCCGGCGAUAAGGUGCUUCUGCCCGAGUACGGCGGAACCAAGGUAGACCUCGGCGACAGCAAAGAGUACCAUCUGUUCCGCGAGUCGGACAUUCUCGCCAAAGUACAAUAGGAUCAACAAGGGGUCACGGAACUACAGCGAAAGCAGAUCCGUGUCCGGCACCCGUCGAAGAAGGGAGAAUCGGUUGCGAUUAAUCUGUAAUAGUUUACGGUUCCGAGUUAAGCAAUCGAAACUCACUUCUUCCACACAAUUACUUUUAGGCAUAUAUAUCAAUCCCAAACACAUAGUCUACAACUAACCGAGUUUAGGAUUUAGGUUUCUUUUUUUUCGAAAUAGCAGAAUAUCUCUUUUGUUGGACAAAAAGAGCGUAUGCAAACAAAAAUGCAAAGACAAGCAAAUAUUUGUUCCGAGUAAAUGUGGUUUUUCGAUUCGGUGGUAAUAACUUCGUAUUUGCAUUUAAUUAACUCAUCCUCAACGAUGUUAGAAACCGUUAGAAGCGAAAGUCAAAUUCGAUUAUGUGGAUCACCAAAGUUGGGUCAAACUUUGCUGCUCCUUACAUGAUCGAGUGUAUAUGCGAUCGGUUGGUUUUUCUCUCAGUUUCGCGUAUUAUUGCUAGGGUACCGAUUUUGAGGGUUCCAUCUUUCCGAUGACAUACAGAGAAUAUUGAAGAGUUAGCCAGACAUAAUUGCUAAGGUAUGCGUGCGUUAUUUGUGCUUAUAUGGAAACCAGUGAUAGCGAUAAGGAGUACGAUUCUAUAGGUUUAUUUUAUGUUGAAUAAAAAGCCAAGAUUACCAAAAGCAUAA